CCUUCCUUUGGAUGCUAAAUUGGGUGGUACACAAAACACAGACAUAACGAAGUCGGAGGUUUUUUAUUUAUUCGUUUGUCCGUUUUCUUUUCUUUCUUUGGAUAGUGGAGGGAGAGAGGGAAGAGAGAGAAAGAGAAAUACCCAUUUAGUGGUUCAAGCUUGAAGGAGAUAGAAUAGUUGAUAAGACCAGACAAGGAGAAAAGGACCAGUUUAGGCACAUCAAAUUCUUCAUCUUCAUCUGUUUGUCCACAUAGCAUCCAACAAGAAGAGAAAAGAGAAAGAGACAAAGAUGGGGAUUUGCUGGGGUUCUCCAGCUGGGAACCCAACGCCAGUAACUACUGGUGAUCUCACUACAGGGGUCAUUAACAUAUCUCAGACAACCAGUAACACCACAUCUUCAGGGGGGAGUACUUUAUCUCGGAAUAGCCAGUUCUCAGCAGCAAGUGGCGAUGAGGCCAGUCCACAUGGGCAGAUCUUACCCACCCCAAACUUGAGGAUAUUCAGUUAUUUAGAAUUGAAGGCUGCAACCAGAAACUUCAGAUCAGAUACAGUUCUUGGGGAGGGAGGCUUUGGGAUGGUCUUCGAAGGUUGGCUUGAUGAAAAGGCACCAACCAAGUCUGGAAAAACCACAGUGAUUGCUGUGAAAAAAUUGAGUUCUGAGAGCUUGCAAGGGUUUGAGGAAUGGCAGUCAGAGGUGAAUUUCUUAGGGCGACUAUCUCAUCCUAAUCUUGUAAAGCUAUUGGGAUACUGUUUGGAGGACACGGAGCUGCUGCUCGUGUAUGAGUUCAUGCAAAAGGGUAGCUUGGAAAACCAUCUAUUUGGAAGGGGCUCAGCUGUUCAGCCACUUCUGUGGGAUAUACGGCUUAAAAUUGCAAUAGGAGCAGCUCGAGGCUUGGCUUUUUUGCAUACAUCAGAGAAGCAAGUAAUCUAUAGAGAUUUCAAAGCUUCAAACAUACUACUUGAUGGGUCAUAUACCGCCAAGAUAUCCGACUUUGGCUUGGCAAAAAUGGGUCCUUCAGCUAGUCAAUCGCACGUGACAACACGAGUUAUGGGUACAUAUGGUUAUGCUGCUCCUGAGUAUAUUGCCACAGGGCAUUUGUCUGUGAAGAGCGAUGUGUAUGGUUUUGGUGUUGUUCUGGUCGAGAUAUUGACAGGCUUGCGUGCACUUGAUACAAAUCGUCCGAGUGGGAAACAUAAUUUAGUGGACUGGAUAAAGCCAUUCCUAUCAGAUAAAAGAAAAUUGAAAGGAAUUAUGGACCCCCGGUUGGAGGGAAAAUAUCCUGUCAAAGCUGCAUUCCGAAUUUCUCAGCUUGCUCUAAAGUGCAUUGAAACUGAUCCGAAAAACCGGCCAUCAAUGAAGGAUGUUGUGGAGACAUUGGAACGGAUUGAAUCUGCCAAUGAAAAUUCAAGGGAGCCUAGGCCCCGUUCAACUCAUCCUAUGGCUCAUCGACAAGGCCAGAAGCCGCUGCAUCAUUUCUCGCCGCUUCACCCCAGGCUGGAUGGGAAUCAAACCUACCAACAGUCGCCUCGAGUGCGAUUGCAGACUAGGGUUGGUUGGUUCUCACAAAUGUCUACCGUGCUUGUUUCCCUAUUUCUACAAUUUUUUUCUUUUCCUACAUAUAUAGAAGAAUUAAAAAAAAAAACCUAUAGAUAUGCUUAAUGUCCUACACUGAGGGCAACAGAACCUACAUACUUUACCAACCUUGGAAGCAAAUAUCCCCUCUUGUUGAAACCAUUCCUUCCAAUCCAUACUCUGCAUUAAGAAAAAUCAGCCUAGGCGGCCUGGGCGGGUCUGCACGGCGCUAGGCGGGUCUGGGCGGCGCUAGGCGGGUCUAGGCGGAGCUAGGCGGGUGUGGGUGCCAGGGUGGGUCUGGUUCUUUUCUUUUGUUCUUUAAGCCUACUGCCUAGCGAUUUUUCAAACUUAUGCAUUGUAGGGCUGGUCUAGGCGGCGAUGGGAGGGUCUGGGCUGCGCUAGGCGGGUCUGGGCGGCGCUAGGCUGCUCUAGGCGGGUCUAGGCGGGUCUAGGCGGCGCUAGGCGGGUCUGUGUGCCAAGGUGGGUCAGGUUCUUUAGGGUUUAGGGUCUGGGUGCCGGGGUGGUUCUGAUUCAUAUGGGGAGAUGAUCCUGACCUGGAACUGACAGAACCUCCACCUGAUGUUGGUAAUAUGUUGGUUCUCUCCUAUAGAGCAGCAACAUGUACUAUUUCCCAACCUCGUUGUCUAAAGACAAUUGCUUGCUCACUCCAGCCAACCUCGUCAUCUCCCUCAUCUGGUUCUUCUUUGUUCAUUGUUCGCUGUCUGUCUGUCUAUCUGUCUUGUCUUCGAAAUAUUAAUUCAGGAAAGACAAGCUUUGCACAACAAAUGCAAAUGUCAUUGCCUUGCGUAAAACAACCCGAUGUCAUCACCUGCAAAGCUGCGGUGGCAUGGGGAGCUGGAAAGCCUUUGGUGAUAGAGGAAGUGAAUGUGAAUCCACCUCAGGCAAUGGAGAUAAGGAUCAAAGUCGUCUGCACCUCUCUC